AUGUUUGCUGUCGGGGGGCAAUCACGACCAACAGAGGGCACAGACGGCUCGAGCGACGAUCACCCAAUUAUAAUUCCUGAACUCAGCAUGAACAUGUUCGAGCUCUACCUUUCAGUUGCAUAUAACAGUUGGAAAUCAGGUCCUACCCAUGGUGAUGUUAUUGACCUCCUAUGGUUCAGCAACAAGUUCAUGAGUCAAAAAACUCGUGAUGUUGCCAUUCAUCACCUUCAUGAACAACGAUUUCGACACAAACCAUACGACCUUCUCGCACUCUGUCUCGAAUUCUCAAUUACAAAGUUCUUUGUUCCCGUGUUUCAACAUCUCGUUGAAUUUCGCAUCCGAGACAUUCCAGGACCAAUGCAAAAGAAGCUCGGGUUUGAAGUGUGGAAUGCCCUUGUCGAUGUGAAAGAGCUUCUUGAUGAACACCGUCGCAUUGUUGCCUGCGAGGAGCCGCCUCUUAUUGAGCACACUGCAUGCUGCACCGACAACACUGCAUGUUCCAUUGACUGGCGACAACUCUGGUGGAACUCAAUGGCCCGUUUCCUUCUUGAUGGUCGCAACCCGCAAGCCUUCCAUGAGGCCGUCGAUCGUUUCCAGGAGCUGGGUUCUGAAAUUGGGAGGGUGAACCCAGAGUGUUGGAAAAUGCUGCUUCAAACAGUGAAGAAAGGAACAGCAUUUCAUCUCGCUUAUGAUCUCGUUGAGGAGACGGCUCAGCAGCUGUCAGCAGCUCUGAUCACAGAGCCUGACCAAAUGCUGACACGCGCAGAAUUAGAUGCUUUUUCAUCAAAUUAG